UUCCCGCUUUCUCUCAAAAAAAUGUAGGAUUUUAAUGGGAAGAUGCGGUAAGUUGGUCAAUGCGUUUGUUUUUCAUUUACUUUCUGCAUAAAGUAAGAUGGUAAUGCAAACGUUAACAUCGGCGUCUUUUGGAUUUGAACGAUAACGUUUUCAAAUACAGUGGUUUCAACAUUUGCAUUCCAGUCAAACCGCUGACAAUGCAUUUUAGUAUAGUUUGAUUUGGUCUACUUCCCCCUUCAGUUCACUUAGGGAUACUUUAGUACGUCUUCCGGCUGCAAGUGCUCACAUUUUAUGAGUCUAAAGUCUGCUUUAGGUGGAGAACAAAUAUUGCUUCAAGAGCUAUUCCUUCUUAUACAAUAACAGCUGUAUUCACCAUCCAAGUUUGCAUUUAACUCAGAACCAUGAAGCUGAUCAUCCUGAAUGAUUAUGACCAAGUUGGUGAGUGGGCUGCCAAGUACAUCAGGAAUAAAAUCAUUAACUUCAACCCUGGACCAGACAGAUUCUUCAUUCUAGGACUCCCCACAGGUAAGCAAUCUGUUGAUUCUAUAGGGCAGGCCCUACUUUCAUUUGUAUAGUUAAUGUUGCAGUCAUAAUAAUCAUGUCAAAUGUGUCUGUAUAAAGACAUCAACAUUGAUUUAUUUGACUUGUAAAACCACAGAUAUUUUGUUGAAAAAGCAAUGCAUAUUAUCCAUAAUGAAUCCCCAUUUUACACCCCAGGAGGUACCCCUCUGGGAUGCUAUAAGAAGCUGAUUGAGUUUUAUAAGGAAGGAGAGAUCUCUUUCAAGUAUGUCAAAACGUUCAACAUGGACGAGUAUGUGGGUACGCUUCACCUUUACAAUACCUCUCUAUUUAACCUUCUAUUGCUACACCAAACAUAUCAACAUUCUCACAGCACGAGAAGCCAUACAAAACUGUGAUCCCUGCUUUUAAAAUCACGCAGGUAUUCCCAGGAAUCACCCAGAGAGCUACCAUUCCUUCAUGUGGAAUAAUCUCUUCAAGCACAUUGACAUAAAAUCGGAGAACACCCAUAUUCUGGAUGGUAACGCUGCCAACCUUGUAGAGGAGUGUGAUUCCUUUGAGGAGAAGAUCAAAGCUGCUGGAGGAAUCGACCUCUUUGUUGGAGGUAGGUAGGGAGGAUAAUGAUAGGAUGGAAUUGAGUAUAUUGAUUCUAUUUACUCUAUUAUAUUCUAAAGCUUAUUAUAUUCUAAAACGUAUUAUAUUCUAAAGCUUAUUAUAUUCUAAAGCUUAUUAUAUUCUAAAGCUUAUUAUAUUCUAAAACGUAUUAUAUUCUAAAGCUUAUUAUAUUCUAAAGCUUAUUAUAUUCUAAAACGUAUUAUAUUCUAAAGCUUAUUAUAUUCUAAAGCUUAUUAUAUUCUAAAGCUUAUUAUAUUCUAAAACGUAUUAUAUUCUAAAGCUUAUUAUAUUCUAAAGCUUAUUAUAUUCUAAAGCUUAUUAUAUUCUAAAGCUUAUUAUAUUCUAAAGCUGCUGUGGCAAUUGACCUCUUUGUUGGAGAUAGGUAGGGCGGAUAAAUGACACAAUAGCAGCUGCUCAAUCAAACAGGCAGACACACCCAUGCUAGAUGUAUAUUUCUAGUUUAUAGUCUUGUUCUAACAGAUAUGUCAUUGUUACAACAGAAAAUAUAAUGUUUUGUAUUGUGUGGCACACACUUUUUCAAUGACAUAGUUGAAGAAGAUGAGAAACACCACAAGCACAAAUCAGUUCAGAAAACAACAGACAGAAAAAUAAAUACCAAAAUCCAACAAAUGUAACCCACCCUGUCUGUUAGGUAUUGGACCGGAUGGCCACAUUGCCUUCAACGAGCCAGGCUCCAGCCUGUUGUCCAGGACCAGAGUGAAGACCCUGGCUCAGGACACCAUCCUGGCCAACGCACGCUUCUUUGACGGAGAUCUGUCUAAAGUACCCACCAUGGCUCUGACUGUGGGAGUGGCCACUGUCAUGGACGCCAGAGAGGUUAGAGCUGAUUUCAAAAUGUCUGCCUCUGCCCUUAUGUUUCUGGUCUGUCUUCUCUUCUAACGUAUUUUGCAUGGACGACUGGUCCCCUUACAGCUCCUAUACUUAUUAAAUGAUGAUAUAAUGAGGCCUUAUGAUGUCCCCCAAAUCAUUUUACUGCUGCUUUGUUGUAACACUGUAAUACCAGUCUAUAACCAUGUAAUAACAGUUUAUAGGAUGAUAAUAACACGUUAUCUCCUGAACGUCUCCAGGUCAUGAUUCUCAUCACGGGAACACACAAAGCGUUUGCCCUGUACAAGGCCAUAGAGGAAGGGGUGAACCACAUGUGGACGGUUUCGGCCUUUCAGCAGCACCCCCAGACUGUGUUUGUGUGUGACGAGGACGCUACCCUGGAACUGAGGGUUAAAACUGUCAAGUACUUCCAAGGUGAGGGUCUACUUACUUACUUACUAAAGGACUUGGUCCUUUAGUAACUUGCUGCUCGCAUGGCUUAUGAACUAGUGCUUCAUCAGUUUACAAAUUCAGUGUAUUUUGUUUUAUUAUUGGCCUGGGAGGGAUAAAUUAUUUUCUUCAAUAAAAACAUAAUUGUGAAUAAAAUGUAAAUCUAACUCACUUGACCUAUUGUUAUUUCUCCUACAGGGAUGAUGCAUGUGCACAACAAGUUGGUGGAUCCACAGCCUUCCAAGUAAGACGAGGGAGUUGCAAAAAAUAUCUGGAAACCUGCAAUAACCAAGAGAACUGAUGCCGCACACUCCUGGAUAUGACAGCGGCCAAAGGGUGGAAGAUCAAUUGUGUGUGUUGUACUGUGGUUUACGUCAAGUUAUAUUUUAUGUAACAUAAUAGUAAGCCUACUUGUAGUAUGCUACAUUGAGUACAUUGAUUAUGUAAUACAUUUAUCUUAGAUAGAACAUAUGCCACUGUGAUGUGACAUCACUGACAAUUCAGGUUUCUAAGCUACAUUGUACGAUUUUAUACAAACUUGACUAUGAAUGUAUUUCAAUGAGAGUUAUUCUAAUAAAAUGACUGAGAAUGAA